AUGGCCAUCCCCCCGUCGCACGCGGGGACAUCCGCCCCACAGUGGAGGCAGUUCACCUUCUUCGACGUGCACGACGUAAAGGACACCCACGACCUCGACCAGUCCCCGAGAGCAAUCAGGCAACUCACCCCGCCCCUGGCCGUCACCUCGACCACCUCCCAAUCACCACUACCACCGUCUCUCAUACUGGCAUCGGGACAGACCAUCACCCAGGUAGAUCGCUACUUUACGCCUGAGCGAUCCUUCACCGCUUGGGAGCGGAAUGGGCGUGCGACAGCGCUCCUUGAAGCGGGCGGUCUGCUUGUAGGGAUAGGGGAGGAAGAUGGAAGUCUAUGGCCAGUUCUGAAAGUGUGGGACCUGACCAAGGAAGAUAAGAAACAUCCAGAGAGACGACCGGUGCUGUUGAGAAAUGUCAGAAUUCAGCAUGGACAGAGACCGCAUCCAGUAUCUGCUGUCGCCUUGACCACGACUCUAUCACAUCUCGCAAUUGGCUUGGGCGACGGUACAGUGUUGCUAUAUCGUCAUUUCCUGCAAUCCCUCACCACCUCCCCUACUGCCCUGACGUCUUUACCCAAAGCCAGGGUCGUACAUCAAUCCCACGAGCCUGUCACUGGCCUUGGGUUCAACGAGCAAUCGAGCUCUUCGAAUCUCUUCAUUGUCACCACGAAUAGGGUAUUAUGCGCGCCUGUCAGCGGUAAAGGGGAAGCUCGGACGAUAGACGAGCUCGGGUGCGGCCUUGGAUGCGCGGUGAUGGACUGGGAGAGGAAAGACAUGGUCGUCGCUCGAGACGAGGCAAUUUACUUGUACAGUCCCGAGGGACGUGGUGCGUCAUUUGCCUACGAAGGACCAAAGUCGUCGAUAGCGGUAUUCAACCACAACCUCGUCAUCACUUCUCCGCCCUUCCAUCCCUCGGCGUCUUCAAACUCUGCCACUAUCCGACAUUAUGUCAAGGCGAACCCAAAUGGCGACUCGCCUUCGGUGGACAUUGCCAAGAUUACAGUGUUUGAUCUGCAAAACAAGCUGGUGGGGUACUCGGGUACGUACAAAGAUGGCGUGAGGGACGUAUACUGUCAAUGGGGAGGGAUCUAUGUACAUGGGGGAAAUGGAAAGCUCGCUCGGCUGGAAGAACACUCUACGCAGGCAAAGCUGGACGUCCUCUAUCGGCGGAAUCUGUUCACUCUCGCUAUCAGUCUGGCCCGUCAGCAGGGUCUCGGGGAUGCCGGGGUGUCGGAUAUCCAUCGACGAUAUGGUGACUAUCUCUACAACAAAGGUGACUUUGAAGGGGCCAUGAGCCAGUUUGUGAAAACUCUUGGGAAUCUGCAACCAAGUUAUGUCAUUCGCAAAUUCCUGGAUGCCCAAAGAAUCCACAACCUCACAACGUAUCUCCAAGAACUACACUCUCGCGGCCUCGCAAACCCAGACCACACCACCCUCCUCCUCAAUUGUUACACCAAAACCUCGGACCGUACUCGUCUUGACCAGUUCAUCAAGACUGAAGCCCACCGGACAGAUACUGGCGCAGAAGAACUCCCGUUCGACCUGGAUACGGCCAUCAGAGUGUGUCGCCAGGCAGGGUUCUAUGAGCAUGCGACGUAUCUCGCAAAGAAGUUUGGAAGGCAUGAGGAUUAUCUAAGGAUACAGAUAGAGGAUGCUGGAAAGGUCGGAGAGGCGUUGAGAUAUUUGAGGAGCUUGGGUCCUAAGGCUUGUGAUGAGAAUAUGGUCAGGUACGGCAGGACGCUUUUGCACCAAGAGCCUGCCGCAACAACCGCCUUGCUGGUUGACCUCUGCUCUGGCAACCUUGGGAAAAAGAAGGCGUCGACGCCGCCUCAGAUCGUUGAGCAGCUCAAUGGGACCAGCAAUGGGACCAAUGGCGCUACAGGUCCAGCUAUGCUGUCGUAUCUUGGGUACAACAAAGUUUCUGGUCUGUUUACCGGGGAGGCGACGGGGACAGCCACACCUACUGACAAGAACGAGCCCCAACGAGUAGAUCCCGAGGAAACGAGUGCUUUGGAAAAGCUGGCCAUUGAGAGUGAAGGCCCCGACUAUGUUCCUCCUUCGCCGAGGCAAUACUUUGCGCACUUUGUUGAUCACCUGGAUCUCUUUGUCCAUUUUCUCGAAGCAGUCGCUUUGAACCUCUGGGAUCAAAAAGUUGAUCUAUCAGUCCCCUCAUCAGCUCCGUCGCCUAUCGCGACUAGAGAGGUGGACAUUCCACCGCCGGACGAUCCCACGGGCGUUGACCAGAGGGCGGUCUGGAAUACAUUGAUCGAGCUGUACCUGUCAGCGACGAAAUCCCUCGACUCGACUGUUGCCAGUCAGUCACGAGAAAAGGCUCUGGCGCUGAUCAGCAGCAAGGAUACGCCGUACGACCCCUUACAUGCCUUGGUACUCUGUUCCGUGGUUGGAUUUAGAGCAGGCAUGGUGAGGCUCUGGGAGGGAAUGGGAAUGUACGAGGAUGUGCUGCGUUACUACAUGGAAGCUGGAGAAGAUGACGGGGACGAAGUGGACGCUUCUGCCAAGGUCUUUAGCCACCUCGACCUUUACGGCCCUACCCACCCUCAACUGUAUCCCCUGGUCCUGCGCUACCUCACUUCUUCCCCUGCAAUCCUUUCACGUCAUCCUAAAGAACUGGGAAAUAUCCUUGCCAAGAUUGACGAGUACCAGAUCAUGCCCCCGCUGGCUGUGGUACAAGUGCUUAGUAGGAACGGGGUGGUGAGUGUGGGUAAUAUGAAAGAUUGGUUGAAGGGCAAGGUGGAGGAUAACGAAGCAGAGAUUGAGUCUGAUAAGCAACUGUAUGAUUCGUAUAGGGCGGAUACCGCUGUAAAACGAAAGGCAAUGCUCGACAGAACCAACCCAUCUCAACCCGAGGUCUUCCAGGUUACGAAGUGUGCUUCUUGUGGAGGCCAGCUGGAUCUGCCGAGUGUGCAUUUCAUGUGCAAACACAGUUAUCAUCAGCGCUGUCUACCCGACUCUGACCCAGAGUGUCCUCUGUGCGCUCGACAACACUCGGUCAUCAAAGAGAUCCGGCGCAACCAGCUCCGCCUCGCCGACAGGCAUGAUCUGUUUUUGGAGGAGGUGCACAGCGCUGAAGAUGGAUUUGGGGUGGUGGCUGAUGCCUAUGGAAGGGGGCUGUUCGGGAGGGAGGGAGAUGUGUUGGACGGGGAGGUGUAG